AUGCCGGAGGGCGGCGGUGACCUCGACCGUGAACCGGCGCUCCAGGAUCCGGGAACGUUCAACGGUCGGAGGAACGGUGCACCGCACGCGCUUCCCUUCCCCGUUACCAUAGCUGAGGUGAUGAACCUACUCGGGACGAUCUACUUGGGCUGUGCCGACAGCUCGGUGUUCGUCACCGACCAGCUGCAGCCGACUUUCCAGACGCUGGGCCCGCGCCAGUGCCUGCCCGCCGACUUCGACGCGUCGGAGACGGUGCCUCUGGCGUCGGCCAGCGCUGUCAGGGUGACCACCGGCAGCCUGCCCGCCGAGUGCGCCGGCGUGCCGCUGCUGGCCCUCUUCUACAACAGCUUCGCCGGCAGUAACGGCCUGCUGAGCGCCGACGCCUCCUCCUUUGACGUGGACGGCCUGAUGGCUGUAAUGGCCAGCUACAGCAGCGACCGGACCUACAACAACGCCGUGGCCCAGAUCAUGGACCGGUGCCGGCAGUUCGCGGCGCCGGGACUGACCGGCCGCCAGACCGCCGUCUACUCGUACGGCUGCCUCAAGUGGAGUCUGUUCGCCAACUGCGACCGCCAGCAGGACGAGCGAGACGCCCUGGACGAGGAGGGAGCGCUGCGCAGGGCCCGCUUCCUCUCCGGCAGCUGCCCGCUGAGCCCCAACACGCUGAAGCCCAUUCUGGAGCGCGUCACCGGACGGACGUUGGAUGAGUGCGGCGCCGGACUCUACCAGGGCAGUGACCCGUACCAGCUGUACGAGGCCGGCGUGGCCCGGCUGGCCUGCCUGCUGCAGGACGUCACCAAGUCUGACGGGUCCAUCGACUUCGACCAGCUGCGGGCGUCCAUCACGCGGGGCCGCCCGGGUGCCGUCCACGUGCUCAAGAUGAUGAACGCCUGCGGAAAGGGCGAGGGCGCCACCCGCGCCGGCCAGUUCAGGGCCAUCACCGUCAAGGAGUUCGCUCAGUGCUGGGCCAGCAAGGGCACCUUCAGCUGUGCCUUCCAGGAGGCCAACAAGCUGGCCAAGGAGUUCCCCAACGACUGUGUUAUCUCGGCGGAGGCUGAGUAACCUGGAUGUCUCAAUGAAUUCGGAGAAAAUAGUACGCAACACCUCGUACCAUUAUUUAGCGUUCAAAGAAGGAUAGGUGGUUCAAAUAUCGAAAAAGUGGGCAUAGGUACGGGCUGUUCGUUGUUGUCUUAUUUCGUGGUGACAGUUUCAUCGCCCAUUUGUUAGUGUUUCAUCGUAUUUGUCCUAUAUUGCACCUGUGAUGUUUUAUUGAUAUAAUGUCAAGAUAUAGCUCAUUCGGCAUUCUUGAGCAUGUUUGAAUACAAUCAAUUCAUGCUU